AAUUUUGAUGUUCGUUUCUGUCUUCUUCGCCAGGCAUAUUAGAAAAUAUGCUGUUAACACUGUUGGUUGCGCUUCUUGCGCUCGCCUCCGUCGACGUCGGCUAUACCAUACAGGUCCUAAACGGAAACAUUUCUGAGGAAGAGAUCGGAAAAGCGAACUCGUACCAUGACUCCUGGAAACUGCUGACUCAAGUAAACAUGACCAAUACUUUGCAGAGAGCAAAUUCAAUUCAGAGAACCUUGGACUUGGCCAUUCGAGAAUGCAGCGACGAGUGCUUGGAAGGACAUGACAUUCGCGCUGUCACAGGAAGAUUUGAUAGGCUGAAAACUAAACAAGGUAUCCUACACAACCUGCUAGAGAUACGAAGAGCGAAAAAAGGCCUCGCCAAUUUUGUAGGUGAUCUUUUCAAAACUCUCUUUUUUUGUACCCUAUUCGACAACGAUUUGACUACCAGAAAUCGAGAAAUAGAUCAGCUUUAUGACGAUAACAAUGGAUUAGCAGCAGCCCUAUUAUAUUCCAUCCAAAUAUUGUAA